CGACGACUUCAUCUCGCUCAGCACAACAACAACACAGGCAAGCGACGCCGACGACGAGCCAGCGACCAAGCGCAUCACCUGGCCCAACCGUGCACCAUUAUGCGCUCCUUCAUCACCUCGCUCCGCCGCCUCCCCGCCGGCGUGCGCGGGCUCGCGACCUCGGCCGAGGCCGCCCCCGCUGCUGCCGAGUCCUCAAAGUCGUCGUCGGCAAAGUGGUCGCCAUUCACACAGCGCACGGGCGUGAUCGCACGUAAGCGCGGCAUGACGGCCCUGUGGGACCAGAACGGACGGCGAUGGCCCGUCACUGUGCUCCAGCUCGACAAUGUCCAGGUCGUCCGCCAUGACCCGCCCACCAAGGACAGCGGGACGGGUCUCCACCGCCUCCAGCUCGGUGCUAGCGACCGCCCAGAACGCACGACGACCAAGGCUCUCGCCGGCCACUUUAAGAAGGCGGGCGUCAACCCCAAGUACAAGCUCGCCGAGUUUUCCGUCACCCCCGACGCUGUGCUGCCGGUUGGCGCGCAGCUCAGCGCCGCGCACUUUGUCCCUGGGCAGUAUGUGGACGUGACUGCGAAGAGCAUCGGCAAGGGCUUCCAAGGUGCCAUGAAGCGCCACGGCUUCGCUGGUCUCAAGGCGUCGCACGGUGUGUCGAUCACCCACCGUUCUGCAGGCUCGACAGGCCAGAACCAGGACCCCGGACGUGUCAUCCCCGGCAAGAAGAUGGCAGGACACAUGGGUGUCGAGAAGCGCACGCAGCAGAACCUGCUCGUCCACCGCGUCGACACGGCGCUCAACCUCAUCUUUGUGCGCGGCGCCGUGCCCGGCGUCGACGACGCCUUCGUCAGCGUCCGCGACGCCAAGAAGAAGCUUACGUACAAGGCCCGCGGCAACCUCCUCGGCGGCAAGGACCAGGACGAGUGGAUCGGCGAGGGCGUCACCAGCCUCCCCCUGCCUGGUGCCACUGUCGAGCGUGUCAAGGCUGAGGGAUGGCCCGAGGUGAUUGAGUGGCCCGGCAAGGAGAAGGCGUAGUAGGUGCGGCGCGGCGUAGUUGCAUUGGGAUUGCAUGCAUUAUUCACAGCUG